AUGACGACAGAAGCCAGUCUCCACGAGUCUCAUCCAGGAGGUGUCUCUUUUCAAAGUAUUAGAAAAACAGAGGACGAUCUCCACACUAGCCCUACAUCUGAAGUGACCACAUUAGCCCGCUCUCGUAUAUACCGACUGCAGCCCCGUUAUUCGGCGUGGCGUAGCUCCAUUUUACUACCUGCAUUGGCAUCUGUUGCAGCAAUCGUUCUGCUUGUAGCCGUCUGCUCCAAAGCUCAGACUGUGGCGUUGGGGAUACGUUUUGUGCAUCGUCGGCUCUCAGAAGAUGACAUCACCAAAGCUGGUCUCAACUUGACAUGUGAGCACGGUUUGGAUGGACAAGCGACUGGCUCGCCUUCCUCGGACCAGCCACGUGCAUCACACGGAAAUCCACCGAUAGAGCCUCCCCCAGCAAAACGUACUCGAAGAGAUGCUGAUGAAGCCCCUCAGGAAGGUCCGCACGCCGCACAAGACGGAGGGCACCUAAGUGUUCAGACUCGUCCGAUGGAGUCUGCAGAUGCACUGCCGCCGUCAGCGGAAGGCCCAGGCUCAAGAGAGAAGCAAGCUUCGAGUGAGCGAGAAGCAGCUGAAGCGUUGCUGCUACUAUGGCCUCGCACUACCUCGACUGCUGUUGCUUUUGGAGGGACGGAAAGUCAGGCGCCACCACAGCGGUCUAUACCUGCUCCUUCAUUUGACGAUAAAUCAGCGUGGCUAGAGUCUGUGUUAGAUGCACAAAAUGCAGAAGUAGCUGCUCCGCCUGUAGCUUAUUACGUGGAAGUCUCAUCGGAAAGCGAAAGAAUCUCGCCGCAUCAUCCCUUUUGCAAUCUGCCGCGAGUGAGCCGUGCUGGGCUCAGAAGCCGUGCCAAUUUCGAGGCUGCUAUGGAAAAUCACACCGGAGGCACUUCGUCAAUGCACUUAGUGCAUGAGGCUCACGCACUGCUCACGAAGGUCAUCCUCUCCCCAAUGGAAUUAGACCACUUGAUUCAUCUGACCGAACGGCUCGUGGCUAACACCAUCGUAUAUCAAUGCCACCCGAUUCCCUGGAGGGGUCCGGCAAAAAUCGUUAAGCAGCUAGGCAUUCGCUUUUUGAUAUUUGAGACGGUUAUCUCAACACUAAUGAUUCUGGGGCAGAAACCUGAAGGUGACUGGUGGAACAAAUUGACAUCUCCAGUCCACGAUCGCGCCUACAACUUACCAGUUGCUCCAACAAGGCGGCACGAGACGUUCAAUGUUAGUCUCAUCAAGGAUCUGGCCAGUGCUUUAACUACUUUGAAGUCGGGAAAGCUGCCUGAUAACCAAGAGCGUGUUGACCUUAAACGGCGUUUACUUUGCUCUCCAUACUCCCACCCAUUUUUUAAGAGCGCUUUAUUUGAUGUAUGGAGAGCAGAAGACGAGAAUUUUUUUGGAGAAUUCGCAGGGUGA